AUGAAUAUAGAAUCUUACGCAAAAGUUCGAGCUUUAUUAAAAAGGCAGUCAGAAGGCUACCAACCCAAGAAAUCAAAGGCAUUUACUGGAGAUGAAAUAUACAAAUUUAUAACUGAAGCACCGGAUACUAAAUACCUAGCCACGAAGGUUGCAUUAAUAAUGGGAGUGAUGGGAGCUUGCCGCUCAAAUGAGUUAUAUGAAAUGAAAACAAAGAAUCUGCAAUUUUUUGAAGGUUGCAUAAACAUAUCGGUUCCAAUUACGAAGACAAAAGUUCCCAGAAAUUUUACUGUUACCGGAGAUUUUUAUAAUAUCGUCAAAAAAUAUUCAGAGCUCAGACCAUCGGAUGUAUCAAGUUCUUUCUUCCUAAAUUUUCAAAAUGGGAAAUGCACAAAACAAGUUAUUGGUAUAAAUAAAUUUGGAAGAAUGGGUAAAGAAAUAGCAGAAUUUUUGAAACUACCGGAUCCAGUAAAAUACACAGGACAUUGCCUUCGACGAUCUUCUGCCACUUUGUAUGCUGAUGGAGGGGCCAAUAUGACUGCCCUUAAACGCCAUGGGGGAUGGAAGUCAGCCUCUGUGGCUGAAGGUUAUAUUGCUGACUCUAAAAAAAAUAAAAUGGAUGCCGCCAAUAAAAUUUUGCACCAAAUCAAUCCAAAUUCUAUCAGUAUUUCGAAUGCAAAUUCAUGUCCAUCUACAUAUGCUGAUGGUGUCAGCAAUUUUACUAUUGAUAAUUUUGCCAUUACCAAUAAGACCAGUGAUGUAAAUAUUAAUACUACGAAAACACCUCCAACCAUACAUUUUAAUAAUUGUCAUAACCUUACAAUUAAUUUUAUAAAUAAAUAA